CAUAACCAGAUAUAAUAGAACUAUCACAUUGUACGGGAGUGCCCCUCUGUUCAGUCGACCAACAUGAUCCUCGCCGUUCUCAUCGCUGCCACAUGCGCGUGUGUAGGAGCUAAGUCGCCAUGGUAUCAGCGGUACGAGCAAUUCUUCACAGAAGUGUUGCCUAGCAACGCCACACUGAACGCGCUAUGGAAGGAGCACGUGGCUUCGUACCAACGUCAGGAGAGAGAUAUUACUUUCUCAAUCCCACACUUUGACUGCCACAUACAAAACGCGCACAGUGGAUAUGCAGCCACUUCCGUCCAUGGCCUACAUCCUGGUGACAUCAAGGUGGUGGCAGCUAUGGGCGAUUCCUUAACUGCUGGUAACGGUAUCCUAGCAACCAAUGUGGUCGGUGACCUUUUGGAAUAUAGAGGUCAUUCGUGGAGUAUUGGUGGCGAUGGUGAACUGGAAGAGGUUCUUACCUUUCCAAACAUUCUGAAGAAGUUCGGUGGGUAUCUGUACGGGUACUCUGAGGGGAUUGCCAAGAGAAACUUGACAGGGGCUAACCUCAACAUCGCCAACCCUGGAGAUGUAGCCGCGAAUAUGCCUGAACAAGCCCAUCUCCUGGUGGCCAGAAUGAGGUCGAGUCCAAACGUUCGCAUCGCUGAUGACUGGAAGGUGGUGACAUUGUUUAUUGGGGGAAAUGACCUGUGCGACUACUGUUCCAACCCGGCACAAUACAGCCCGGACAACUAUGUACGUCACAUCCGGGACGCACUUGACAUCCUGAAGGCCAAUCUCCCAAAGACGUUUGUUAACCUCGUCAGUAUAUUUGAUAUAGCGCCUAUUGCGUCAAUGGAGAAGGGGUUCAUCUGCACCGUAGUGCACGCAUUCGUGUGCGAAUGUGGUGCAGACACAUCGAACGGGCCGAUGUUGAGACAGGUUACACAUGCGUACCAAAAGGGUCUGGAGGAUUUGAUCAACAGUGGCCGUUAUGACACCAAUGAUGACUUCACUGUUGUCAUUCAGCCGUUCUACAAACACACAGAACCGCCAAAACUGGACGUUAAUGGGAAGGUUGACAUGUCCUACUUCAGUCCAGACUGUUUCCAUUUCAACCACAAAGGACAUUUCGCGUCAGCAAUCUCUCUCUGGAACAAUAUGCUGGAGGCGCCCGCCGUUAAGCAAGAGGAGUGGUAUCUGAACCAGCCUUUCCAUUGUCCCACUUUCCAGACCUACAAUCCUUCCGGUUUCUUCACUACCUACAAUAACUGAUCGGAUUUCCAUACAAUAAACUGUAUCUAUCAUUCCAA